UAAGUGUAAAGCAUGUGACAUGAGUGGACAAAUCGACAACAUUAAUUUUAUUCUGAAAGUCUGCAUGCUCUCAUGAUUUUGCGGGAUAUUGAACCUGAUGUAUGACUGUUUUAACGCUCAGAAGUCGGAUAAUAAUUGUUUAACAAGGUUUCAGGUACGACAGUUUAAGGCAGAUUCUCUGGGUAGCGUUAGCUUUACUUUGUAAGCAAUAUUAGACUUUGAGCCAGAAAUGCAAAUGCCCAACGUUAGCUAAUGUUGCUACACUGAUGGCAGUUGAGACACAACCUAACGUUAGACGCAAACUUUGGAUUCUACGUUAGUGUUAACGUUAUGUGACGGCGUUCAUGUCUUUAAGUUAACUUACGUUUCAGUAACUAACGUGAACACACAAUAUAAAUGUAAUUUGCUCUGUCCGAAUGUCGUAAGUUUAGCUAGCAUUACUCUUUUUAUGUGUUGGCUUUGUGUUGACUGACGGAAGAUCUAGAGAGGACACCAUCGCCAUGUACCGCAAGCUAACUUUAAUGCUAAAAGGCACAAAUUAAAAUUCUGGAUCUCCCGAAAAUUAUCUUCCUGUCCUUCCCUUUUUAAUGCAAAUUAAUGGAUUUUUCUUCUUCAUAUUCCUCUCAAAGUCUGCUUGGAGUAGGUGGCUAGAUAUUUCACCUCAAUACUGACUAUCAAUUCCCAACAAAACAUUUGUAAAUGUCUGGUUAAACUGCCAGGUCAAUGUAUUUUAAUGUCAGGGCUGCAUAAAUGUGACAAGUGACUCAGUAUAAGGUGCAGUAAUCCAAGCAACCACUAGAUGUCACCCUCAGGCCUCUAAUAGAUUAACUAACAUUUCACUUGUCCCUUUAUUUUCCCUGUAUUAUUUUCAAACAGGCUGUCUUGUGAAAAUGUCUUCAUUAGUGGCCUACGAGGAUUCAGAAUCAGAGGAUGAUUAUGUUGAUCAAACGGAGGAGGGACCAUCAGCUUCUGUCCAAAAUCGAUCUUUUGAACAUAACCAAGAAGUCAACAUGUGUAAUUCCUCUGAGGUAACACCGAGCCCUCACAGCUUCACGAUCGACCCUGACAGGUCAGUGCUGGAAUAUUAUAGAAAUGUCUCAGAAAGAAGCAGUUCUUCCCUACACCCACAUUCACAGCCGCAGAGCUGGGAAAGAAAGUAUCGUAGUGACGGGACAGCACAAGUAAAACAUUUUAGAGACACUGCAGCUCCUCUGAGUUUACCUGCGACUAAGGGGAAGAUCUCACCGCUGCAGACUCUUCCUCACAUGCCACAAAGUUUUGGCGAUGGGUUGAACCCUGCAAAAAGACAUCACGCUGUUCUGUCUGGUGUCAGACCGUACAUCCCCAAGAGACAGAGACCAGCCACCUCAGUAGAGACAGUGGACCCAAAUCACCCUGCAGACCAAGUCCCAGGGAAUCAGACCGGGGAAAGCCAAAUUCUUUCAGACGUUUCAGCAAGAGUAAAGCCGUAUCUUUCCCACAAGGCCGCCGCUGCAGGGAUACCGAGGAGGCUUCAGAUGAGCCUGGGAGGCCACCAGGGUCCAGUCAACACAGUUAAAUGGUGUCCUGUGCCUCAUCUCAGUCAUCUGCUGUUGUCUGCCUCCAUGGACAAGACUUUCAAGGUGUGGGAUGGAGCAGACAGCGGGCGAUGCCUCAGGGUUUACACCUGCCAUUCGGGAGCUGUGCGUGAUGCCUGUUGGACCCCCUGCGGGCGACGCCUUCUCACAGGCUCCUUUGACAACAAGGCUGUGAUCACAGACGUAGAGACAGGGCAGCAGGUAGUGAAAUUGGACAACCAGUUCAAAGUGAUGUGUGCGGUCCUUCAUCCCAGCAACUCGGAGAUAUUCCUAUGCGGUGGUUACAGUUCAAUGGUCAAAGCCUGGGACUCCCGCAGCGGCAAGGUGGUGAAAGUGUACAAAGCAGGGAUCCAGCAGACCUUGGGCAUCCUGUUUCUGAGAGGUGGUGUGGACUUUAUAACGAGCUCCGACUGCGUGAGCAGAGACUCAGCCGACCGCACCCUCAUCGCCUGGGACUACCAGACCACAGCCAAGGUCUCCAACCAGAUCUACCAGGAGCGGUUCACGUGCCCCAGCCUGGCCCUCCACCCACUGGAGGAGUCCUUUGUUGCCCAGACUAACGGGGACUACAUGGCAGUGUUCUCCUCCCAGCAGCCCUAUAGAAUGAACAAGAGGCGGCGAUACGAAGGACACAAGGUGGAGGGAUACGCGGUGCAGUGUGAGUUUUCUCUGGAUGGAACUAUCCUGGCCUCAGGGAGCUCCACCGGCUCCGCUCACUUCUAUGAUUACCACAACGCUCGCAUGCUGCACACUCUGCACGCCCACAGCCAGACCUGCCUGUGUGUUUCUCAGCAUCCCGUCCUGCCUGCGACUGCGGCCACCUGCGACUGGGCCGGUGAGAUCAAGGUCUGGCAGUGAGGACUGAGAAUGAACAAGGAAAUACGGACUGUAAAAGACCAGGAGAAGAUUAAACUGAAAACUCACAUCCAUCUUCAAGACUUUAUCUCCCAUCAUCCCUUGGCAUAAAAUGAUUAGAAUUUGACAAAAAAAUCAGCAUUUCUACUGACGCCUUGAAAAACAAUUUCAUAUACUGUUUAUCUUGCGAUGCUCUGAAAAAAUCAAAAUCAAAAUAACACAUCUUUAUUCCUUGUCCUUAUACUUGUUUCUUUUAACUGUCCCAAAAGUCCGUACAGAACUUGGGAAAAGGGCUUGUAGUUACGCUGCUCCGGCUGCCUGGAACCUGCUGCAGAAUGAGCUGAAACUCAGAGAGCUGGUCU